AGCUGCAGACGGCCGCUGUUCGGGCCGGGCGGAGGCGAUCGGAACUGGCGGCUCCUGCCGAGUCGCCGCUCGACAAUGCGCCCGGGGCUCCUCGGGGCGCUCCGGCUGCUGCUCCAGCUGCUGUGGUGGCACCUGGACCUCUCGGCGGCCGGCAAUCAGGCGGGGGACGGUUGUGGUCAUUCAGUGCUCACAUCUUACAGUGGGACUUUGUCCUCCAAGAACUUUCCAGGCACGUAUCCAAACUCCACUUCCUGUGAGUGGCAAAUUCACGGAGAGGAAGGGAACCCCCUCAGCCUGGCAUUUGGAGACAUGGACAUCGAAGCCUCGGAACAAUGCAAAUAUGGCUUCUUGUUGAUUUCGUCACCCUCCGACGGUUCCAGCUUUGGUCCAUUCUGUGGCAGUGCAUAUCCUCCUCACUCAGUCUUGGUGAUGAAUUCCACCUCCAUAACCAUCUUAUUCAACAGUACAAAACAUCGCUCAGGCCGUGGCUUCCUUCUUUCUUACGCCAGCGGCAAUCGGUCAGAUUUGAUUUCAUGCUUGCAAAAAGGCAUCCAUUAUAACACAGAACAAAUCAGGGUUUAUUGCCCUGCAGGCUGCAAGGGAGUGGCAGGUGACAUCUGGGGAAAUGUGAACCAAGGAUACAGAGAUACAUCUGUUCUUUGCAAAGCAGCUGUCCACGCUGGUGUGAUCUUGGACGAGCUGGGUGGACCAAUCGUAAUAUCGCAAGAAAAAGGAGUCACUCUUUACAAAUCCAGUGUUGCAAACGGACUUCAUUCAAAAAGGGGAUCAUUAUCAGAAAAACGCCUUAUCUUUCACAAAGCCUGUGCUGGAGCUUUGGAAGUUGCCAGCUUCAACGCUUCCUCCUGCUGGCAUGAACAGGAUAUUCUGGGAGACCAUCCCGCUUGGGCCGCUGAGCAAGCAGCAUUGGCUGCUGGUGGUUCUUCUUGGGCAGCAGAUCACAGCUCUGCAAAUGAGUGGCUGGAAAUAGAUUUGGGUAAAAAGAGGAACAUCACAGGAAUUGUCACCAAGGGGUCUUCCCAUAAAUACAACUACUACGUCAAAUCCUACCAGGUUCAGUUCAGCAGAGAUGGCAAGAACUGGAAGACCUACAAAUCUGGCGGCACCAAAGAGGAAAAGAUCUUCGAAGGCAACAGUGACAACUACCAGGAAGUCUCCAACACCUUUAUCCCACCCAUCUUGGCCCGCUACCUCCGCGUUGUACCCCAGAGCUGGAACCAAAGAGCCGCUCUGAAAGUAGAGGUGCUGGGAUGCCAAAUUCGCCAGAAAUACAUUGAGACUGAAGGCCAGAAUAAUCCAAAAGUGUUCCUUGGUGUGACCAGCACCCCAAUCAUUUUCACAACAAUACCAGGAAUAGUGAUGAAUCCAGAGAAAACAGGUCCUCCAUUACUGGCGAUGCUCCUAGUUGGAGGUUCACUCUUGAUUGCCGCAACCGUCUUGCUGCUGGUCUUUCUCUGUUAUAAGAAGAGCAGGAAAGCACCAGCCCAGAAUGAUGGCAGCUUUAUAAAAGGUUGCUUGAUAGCAGAAGCCAGCCAGGUAUGUUCCAGGGGGAACUUGCAAUUAUCUGCCUCUGAAAUUGCCUCCUUUCCCGGGCCAGGAACGCCGGUAGAUCUUCUUGGAGCUCAGUCACCAGAAUAUGCUGAGCCAGACCUGGUCCAAGUCAACCCUGGCUGCCAGGUGGCCCCAUCCACCUUCAAGCCAGCCCUGGACGAAGGUUACACGCUCCCCCUGGUGGUGAAUCCUUAUGACGUUCCAGGCAAGCAGCAUGAGUAUACCGAGCCUUUGGCCCUGGAACCGGAGUACGCCACCCCCUUCAUGGAGCAGCCGGCAGAAGUGGGGAUGGGCCCUUGCAGGACGAAUCUGGGUGUCCAAAGGCUCCCUUUCUCCGAAAGUCGGGGGGGUUGCCUAGCUCCACCGGGCCCCCACAAACCUUCGCUGCAAUAUGAUUUCCCAACUCAGUGUCCGGCAGAGAAGCUGGAGAGCCAAGCAGCUGAGACAGGCCAGCAGGAAAGAUCUAUCCAAACUGACCUUGGCUGCCUGCCUCCUCUUCCAAACGAAUGGACUCCGCGCCCAGGAGAUAACGCCCGUACAGCUUCAUUUCAGGGCCGCCAUUUCCAACAGAGAAAUCCCCCCUAUGAACACGUCUAUCACAAGCCCUUGUGAGAUCCUGCAGGAAGCAAACCUUCCCGUCAGGCUGCUGUGAAAAAAUUCGGUCCCCUCUUGAAGGACCCAAAGCUCCACAGCUUCACGUUCAAAUUGACAUGAUCUAGCAGAGUUCCUCCACGUUGUAGACCAGUUGAUGCCCAGUUCUUUUUUAUUUUUUUUCCAGCAAGGAUGCUCCAGCCUUCUUUCUAUGGGGCGGUGUGGUGGCUCAGCGGUUGAGACACUGGGCUUGUGGGCUGGAAAGUUGGCAGCCCAGGUUCGAGACCCCGAGCGCCAUGCGAUGGAGUGAGUUCCCGUUCUUACUCUAGCUCCUGCCAACCUAGCAGUUCGAAAGCAUACACAUGCAAGUAGAUAAAUAGGUACCACUUUGGUGGGAAGGUAACUGGGCUCCGUGACAUCAUGCUGGCCAUGUGACUUGGGAAAUGUCUUCCGACAAUGCUGGCUCUGUGGCCUUGAAAUGGAGAUGAGCAUCGAUAGUCAUUUGGCAAUGACUAGCAGAAUAAAAUCUGCAGAGACUCUGUUAUCUUUACCUUCUUAGGAAAUCUGCAUUCAGCAUCUUGCUGUGCUCCUAGAAUGACUUGGAUGUUUUGCAAAGAACAAAAUGUCAUCGUGUUUCCUUCGAUACGCAAACAUCCGUCCCUGAAGGGAUUAAAUCUUACUUUAUGAAGCUGAUGAUAAAAUUGUAUUUUCCAGUUAGACUGGUUUGGAGAACACAAGACAACCAGACUAAGGCACACAAGUUUUCCUCCCCAUAUAUCUUCCUGCUACCUCCAAGGAUUUUCCAUCUGAGGACACUGCCUCAUUCUAACUACCAGGGUCAGCUGAUACAUCUACAAAGGACAAUACUUCAUUUGAUCCAUGCUUACUUUCCCUGCCCAAGCUGAGGAACUUUCUAACGAAGUCUCGGGUUGUCAAACUCAUGAGAAUGACAAAUAUUCCAACAAUCCUUGCUUGCCUGCCCUGUAGUCCAAAAACAACAGUGGAGAAUGGGGGUGUAGAAUUGCAUUAUAAUUUCUUUUGACUGCAUUGCAGAUCAUAUAAUUGUCAAGAACACAUGUACAUGUUAUGAGACUCCCAGGUGAAGGAAAAGAGCAAAACUUCAUUCAGCAGAGCUCAUUAAACUUACUUUCUAUUCUUAUUCACUUGAGAAAUAUUUUGUAAACCAAGUUUUAA